AUGAAUUUUCCCGUACGAAGUAGCGAUAUCUCAACACCUCACGAACGGCUUGAGGAGUGCGACCGCUUUGAGAAAAUUUACAAAGGAUACGACGCCUACCACUCGCAAGUCCGUAAACUAGACUGGCUAAAAAGUCACCACGCGUACACCGCCUCCCCCGAAGUCUCAAAACACGCCGAAUGGCUCAUUGAAACCCUUUACGCAAUUGUCGCUCGAUGGGAAGAAGUCCUACCUUAUAUCGCAGAGCCAUAUCCCAUACCACCCAAUAGUCCCUCCGCGUUCUCUUUCAAUGCAAUUCCGGAACCACCUUCUGGAAGGGAGAGCCUUGGUGUGCUACUGGAAGGCCUUGAAGGCAGAGGCAGAGCGAUGAUGGGUCAGCCCUUCGUAAACAACGCUGAUGUCCUCGCUGAGAUCGAUCUUCCUGGCUUCGGAACGAGACGGGUGCUGAAGGUGUUCAAACUGUUUGAGGUGCAACAGCUUGCUCUACACUCUUGCUUUAUUCGUAACCUCAUGUUGGGCCUGGAUAAACUGGAGACUGCUUGUAGACAGCAUGGGGUUAUAUCCACGGGUGGUGGGUCUGGGUGCGUUGCCGAUAUGCUAGUGGAUGUCGAGGGGGAUGUGGUGCUGGGUCUCACUCCUCCUGCGAUGGAAGGCAUAGAUGGACCCUUCGACAUGAGAAAGUCAGCUAAACCAUAA